UUCUCCAAACAGAUAUUAGAUGAAAAGUCUUACAGAAUGAAGAAGCAAGGGGAUGUAGCUCAGAUGGUAGAGCGCUCGCUUAGCAUGCGAGAGGUACGGGGAUCGAUACCCCGCAUCUCCAUUUUCGCCCUAGUUUCUUUUUUUUCACGCAUCUCCUCUUUUAAUUUUUCGCUUUUGGUUUUUAUCAAUAAUCCUAUUGUAAUUGCAGAGGCUGGAAGAACUCAUAGCCUGUUUGGAAAUUAGGGUUGAAUCUUUGGCUUAAUAGAUUAUUCUUUUUCUGUUUUCGUCUUCUUCACUUAAAUGGAAGCUAAAGCCUUACUUUCUAGUUUAUCUACAAACUCUGCACUUCCAUCGUUUCAAAAGAACUCACUCCUUUCAUAUGAUUGUUUUUCAUAUCAUUCUUCUACUGUUAAUUUCCAUAAUUACCUCUGGUUCAAAACCCUUCAAUCAACUUCUCCACAAGGGAUAAAAUUAAAACCAUUACAAUGUGUUAAUAGUAAAGAAAGAUUAGAGACUAUUGUUUUUGAAAAUAAAGAAUACAAGAAACCAGAUAUUAAAAAGAAAAAGCUUGCAGUUUUUGUCUCUGGUGGAGGGUCUAAUUUCAAGUCAAUUCAUCAAGCUUGCCUUCAAGGUUUAGUCUUUGGGGACGUUGUGGCUGUUGUCACUAAUAAGCAAGAUUGUGGAGGUGCUGAGUAUGCAAGAGAUAAGGAAAUUCCAGUUGUUUUGUUUCCAAGAACUAAAGAUGAACCUCAUGGUCUGUCGCCCAGUGACCUUGUAGCUGCACUUAGGGAGUUGGAGGUUGACUUUAUUCUUCUAGCUGGAUAUUUGAAACUUAUACCAGCUGAGUUGAUUCGAGCUUAUCCAAGAUGCAUAUUCAAUAUUCAUCCAUCACUUCUUCCAGCCUUCGGAGGCAAAGGUUACUAUGGUAUGAAGGUGCAUAAAGCGGUCAUUGCUUCUGGAGCAAGAUACUCAGGGCCAACUAUCCAUUUUGUUGAUGAGCAUUAUGACACGGGUCGCAUCCUUGCUCAAAGAGUUGUACCUGUACUUGCAGAUGACACUGCAGAAGAGCUAGCUGCAAGGGUUCUUAGGGAGGAGCAUCGGUUAUAUGUUGAGGUGACAAUGGCAUUAUGUGAAGAGCGAAUAAUUUGGAGGGAAGAUGGUGUCCCUCUCAUUCAGAGUAGGGAAAACCCCAGUGAAUACAGCUAGCUUAACCAAUUUUUUUUUUCUUAUGGAGGUAUGACAUGCAUGCAGGUAAUUAAUCGGCAGCAUUGUUGUGAUACAUGUUGGAAUUAAGAUUUCAUCUGACACUCUUCAAAUCAGCAGUUCUUAAUUUACACAGAAGAUCCAAGUCAUCGUAGAUUGCAAGUUUAGUAUAAAUUAUAAGCAAUGUUCAAGUAUUUACCCCGCGGGGGACAUUUGAGCUUGACCUUUGUUUUCUUCAUUUGCUGAGUGUUGGAAGCAUUGUAAAAAGCUGGAAGGAGGGGAAACUUGGCAAAUUAAGGAUGCACAAAACCAAAAUGGGAAUAUGAGAUAGUGGAAGACUUCAUCUUGUUGUUGUAGGGAAACCGGUAUGUGAUCUACUGUGUAUGGCUCUUUUGAGAUCUCUAUUAGAGGACCUGCUUGCCAAGAAAUUUUCUCUCUGUUUUAUCUUUUUUUCUUUUCCCGUGAUUUGAUGAUGAGAAGGGAGAGGAGUGAAUUGGCAGGAGAUUUGGCCUUUCUCGGGAGACCCUUCUCUUACAUCAACUUAGAGGUUCACCUUCUGGCUCUGAUGAACAAACAUAGAGGCAAUCUCAACUCAA